CGGCGUGGCCCCGAGGUAAUGGCCGUGGCCGCCUUCACUCCUCCCUCUCUGCCCGCAGAGCUGAUGCCGCCGGGGAGCUGCCUGCCAGAGGAGACCAAGCCCAAGAGGGGACGGCGGUCAUGGCCUCGAAAAAGAACAGCCACUCACACCUGUGACUACGCAGGCUGCGGCAAGACCUACACCAAGAGCUCUCAUCUCAAGGCACACCUAAGAACCCACACAGGUGAGAAACCUUAUCACUGUGACUGGGAAGGCUGCGGAUGGAAGUUUGCCCGAUCUGAUGAACUUACUCGUCAUUACCGAAAACACACAGGCCACCGCCCUUUCCAGUGCCAGCGGUGUGACAGAGCAUUUUCCAGGUCGGAUCACCUCGCCUUACACAUGAAGAGGCACUUUUAAUUGGAAGCAGUGGAUCUUUCCCUAACUGCCUUAGAGAUUCAGUAUUUACAGCACAAGGACUGCUUUCUGCCGGAAGGGGAGAACCCAGUUUAAGCACUACAGAGAAUCAUGGUGAAGUCUUCCAAAAAGAGUGGAAAGAGGGAUAAUUGCAUAUGGACAUUGCAACUUUUUUUUAACAUACGUUUUAAAGAAAACCAAAAAUACUGGGGUCAAUGACUGGAUCUUCUUCUAUCAUUCCAUUUGUAAAUCCAACUUGAAUUAUUUCCGGACUACAAAAUGCCAAGGAGUGACUGGAAGUCACGGAUAUCAGGGUUAAACAGACUGUGUGUAGUUCGGAGGGUGGGGAUAUUACAUGGGGAAAUGACAUUCCCUUAAAUUUUCUUUCAAUGCAAUAUUAGAUGUAAAUGUCAUCUUGUACUUUCCUUUUUUCUUCCUUCCAAAAGCCAUUACAAUGUUAGAAGAGGAGGAAAAAUUCAGGUACAGAGUUAUGUUUUAAAAGCCUAUUUCAUGGUGCUUAGUGACUGUUGGUUUUAGAGGUACCAAAAACAGGAAGCCAAAGUUCUCAAACUGCUGCAUAUCUGACAAGGAAAUAUUUUUGUCUUCCGAUCGCCAAUUAUGACCUAAAUCAGGUAAAUAAUCCUGGUUUAUCUUUUUUUUUUCUUAAGAAAAUAACUUUAUGCAGACAGUCUGUAAUGCACUGUGGUUUCGAUGUGCAAUACUUUGUACAAUGGUUUAUUCCCAAAUAUGCCUUAAGCAGAACAAAUGUUUUCUAUAUAGUUCUUUACAUAAUAGAUAUGUAAUAUAAAUUUAAGCAAACUUUUAUUUUGUAUAUUUGUAAACUACGAAGCAAAAGGAACAUUUUGGAGUUUGUAUUUUGCAUAUUCAAGCGGAAAAUAAGUUUUAAAUAAACCUAUAAUAUUUUAUCUGAA